AUCAGAUCGUCUACAUCUAUGUAGGUGCAUAUCCAACUCAUGUACUGAUUCAAAUAUCUACGUGUAUACAUAUACACAUAAGCUUCUCAUCUAAGCACGCCUUGGCUCAUAAAGGUAUCAUGAGUCCUCCCGCGAAGCAACUCAACGCAUAAGAAAUCCUUCGUUGCCCCUCACCAAGAGCUUCCCACCCACCGUCGCCGCAAAUGUCAUCCUCCCUCAUAGGCCACCCCUUCCGGGUGCUCCUCUACACGGUCAAAGCCAUGGCGCUGGGCCACGUCCUCGUGACCUACGGGUACAGCGCCGGGUACGGGUGGGGGCCGUCGAUGCUCCCCACCUUCCAGGUGCGGGACGAGUGGUUCGUGACGGACCGGUCGUACCGGCGCGGCCGGGGCGUGCGCGUCGGCGACUGCGUCGUCUACGCCAUCCCCGUCGAGCCGGGCGAGGAGGGCAUCAAGCGCGUCCUCGGCAUGCCCGGCGACUACGUCCUGCUGAACUCCCCCGGCGUCGGGAGCGGCAACAUGAUACAGGUCCCCAAAGGUCACUGCUACAUAGUCGGAGACAACCUCCCCUGGUCUCGAGACAGCCGCGACUUCGGCCCCCUGCCUAUGGGCCUGAUCAAGGGCAAGGUGAUCUCUAAGGUGGUUGUGAAGGGCUGGUGGCCGUUCGACUGGUUUUCGAAAGUAGAAAGUGGUCUUCGUCCCGCCUCGGCCGACGAUUCGCCAAAGCCGUGACAAAUACCCUUUCUCUUACAGGACAAGUGAAGUUACGUAUCUCAAAGUUGAUCACGUGUAUAGUAUAUACUUGUAAUAUACGACGACUGCAUAACUAUGCAUGCUGCAUGGAAGGCGUCCGGAAGGGAUG